AUGGGCGACGGUGACGAGGGACGGGCAGCGGUGUUCCGGUCAGACGGACUUUCCAACACAACACGCCUCAUGGACGUCUUGAGGGUGGCGAUGGGAGCCGGCCAGAUCACGGCCGGGUCGAAGGAGAUCUCGGCAAUGAUACGGCAGCUGGGCCGGUUCCACGAGGCAGCAGGCAGCUCAGAAGGCGGGCUGUGCGAUGCGAUGAUGAAUGAGUCGGGCCUGAGAGAGGUGCCGGACAUCCCGGAGGGGCCGCUUCUGAAGGGGGAUGUACCAGAACAGGGGUUGAUCAGGUCCAUCAAGUCGCAGCAAAGGAGCGUAUCCAAAGAGAAGGAAAGAAUGAUCCAGGGAAUACAAAGCCGGCCUGACGGCGACACAACAAGUGACGGCCUGGCCGCGCAAUGUGGGCAGCAUGGGCUCGGCGCGCGGGCUGCGGAUCUGAUGACGGACGAUUCGGAGGCCCCAGUCCGGGGCGGGGGUCCCGCGACGAGCAUCCGCUUCGGCCCCUCCACAUCAUUCUCCGAGGCAGGGCGGCAGCUAGCCGAGCUGUUCACACUCAACAGGGGGCAGGGCAUCGCGGUCCGGCUGAUAUGCCAUCAACUCGACAGAGUACGUCGUGACGAGCGAGAGACGCCGCAGCUCUGCCAAUUCGUCGGGGGCGAGGGCGGCACGGGGAAAUCGCGAGUCAUUGAGGCAAUCGCCGCGCUGUUCGCUAGUAAGGGAAUCUCGCACCGCCUGCUACUGACGGCGAAGUCGGGAACGGCCGCGGCGAGUAUUAACGGGAUCACCAUCCACUCCGCAUGUGGGUUCUCCAAAGAUGCGACAGUGCGGUCCCGCCGAGCGGAGCCGGACGGCUUUGUGGCCUCCAGCUCGGCCGGCCUGCGUGUCGACGGCAAGACCACUGCCGAGUGGCAGGAGAAGUGGCUGCUGAUCAUAGACGAGGUCAGCAUGUUGGGGGCGAGAACACUGUACGCCGUAAACGAGCGGCUCUGCCAGCUCCGAGAGUCCGCCCGCGACUUCGGCGGCAUCCCGAUCGUCCUCUUCUGCGGGGACUUUCACCAGUUCCGCCCUGUGCAGGAGAGGUCGAUCCUGCUCCCGAGCACGGCCAUUGCAUGGGACGAAGAUCAAUCGUUCCGAGCUGAGCAGAGGUACCAGCACGACAGGGCGCACGCGCUGUGGAACAAGUUCACGGUGGUGGUCAUGCUGAGCGAACAAGUCCGCGCCGCCGGCGAUCGAGAACUUCAACGGCUGCUGAUGCGGGUGCGCCAGGGAGUACAGGACCAGUCGGACCUGGACUUUUUGAACAGCAGGUGCUACCGCAAGAACAGGCCAAUCCCUUGGGAGUCUGGAGUCACGGUGGUGACGCCCUUGAACAGGAACCGAUGGAAUCUGAACGUCGAGGAAGCGCUCUGCUUCCAGAAGGCGAGGGAAAGCGCAGCUACGCAUCUUCAUAUCCGAGCACAGAUGGAAGGACGCAGCAUACCGGUGCCUGGCGUCUUUAUCUUUGUUCCCGGCAUGCCCAUUGUCGUCAACCAGAACACCCACAUGGGCUUGAAGCUGGUCAACGGAGCGAGCUACGCGGCCGUGGACGUCAUCCUCGACAAGGCGUAUCCUGGCCAUCGCAUCGGUGCCGGCGCCGUCGUCCAUUUCGGCCCUCUAGCGGGCCUCGUGCUGGCGUCGGAGACGACUAGAGACCUCCGCUUCGUCGGUAUGCCGCCCGGGACGAUUCUCCUCACGCCUCUGAGCAUCAAAAUAGAACGCCAGAGGAAGCGGCCGUGGCAGACGACCGAUGCCAGUCGGCGGGGGCUGCCAUGCGCCGCGGCCUUCGCUUGUACGGACUACAAAGUCCAAAGCAAAACGUUGGACCGAGUUGCACUCGAACUGCGUGGGACCAGGACGACGACCAUCAAUGGACAGGCCAUUCCCACUCAAUGCGAUCCAUACAGCCUAUACGUCCAGCUGUCGCGGUGCAAGUCGUUGGACGGUAUCAUGCUCCUGUCAGAGGCGCGAGAGAGGGACUUCGUAGGCAACACGGUGCCCGAAAACAUGGUCGCAGCGGAGGAGAGGUUGGAGAGGUUGAGCGAUGCGACGAUUAGAGAAGCCGAAUCGUGGGAUAGGUGGGGAUAG